UUGUUCAUAUUAUCGGCGGUCACUUUUGUUAUUCGCUUCUUAGUCGAAAAGCAGAAAACCUUAAAGUUUAUCAACUAAAGCGGGUCAAUAAAUAAAUUAAUUAAUUAAUUCGAUGGUUUCAAUGUUCUAGUGCAACAGAUCGUAAGACCGCUGUUAGUUUUGUGUGCUAAGUAUAUUAAGGAAUUUCUCAAAAAGUGCCAUGAAGAAUCGAUUUUUGUUGGUGGCGAUCAGUUUGGUGUCUUUCGCAGGUUUUUCUCAUUGUCAACCGGGUGACUUCUGUACAACCCCGUAUAGACAGCAGGGAGAAUGCAUAAACCUCCUCAACUGUGAGCCGCUUUAUGAGCUCCUCAAACAGAGACCGCUGACCUCCUCCACGGCAGAUCUGCUCAGGAGGUCCCAGUGCGGUUUCGAGGGACAUACACCGAAGGUUUGUUGUCCUUCGGGACCUUUACCGACUACUACCACCACCACUACUGAGUCGUAUAAUCCUCGAGGAACAGUUGACACGAGCUUAUUGCCGAACAUUGACGAGUGCGGGCUCCAAGGUACCAACAAUCGCAUUUACGGCGGCGAAACUGCUGGGAUAGACGAGUUCCCUUGGAUGGUCCUGGUCCAAUACCAAAAAGGUAACGGCCAGAGAGGAUUUUAUUGCGGAGGAGUCCUGAUCAACCCGAGGUACAUCCUCACUGCCGCGCAUUGUCUGAAAGGCAAAGACCUCCCUCCCACUUGGAAAAUUGUGAGCGUGCGUCUUGGGGAGUACAACACUGAAACCGAAGAGGAUUGUGAGGAAAUUAAAAAUACCAAUCAGACCAUAUGCGCACCUCCUGCGGUGGAUGUGCCUGUCGAAGAGACGAUCGCUCAUGAACGGUACAACCCGCUGGAUACCAAUCAGUACCACGAUAUCGCACUGUUGAGGUUAAGUAGGAAUGUUGCAUAUACAGCAUACGUGCGGCCCAUCUGUAUCCCAAAAACACCGACACUCCUCACGAAAUCUUACGUAAGCCAGAACCUCAUCGUAGCCGGCUGGGGUAAAACCGAGAACCGAUCCGAGAGCAACAUCAAGUUGAAACUAGCGGUCCCGGUGAAUCCAGACGACGUGUGCACCAGAACGUACAGUCAAGCGAACGUGCGUCUAGGGAGCGGUCAACUGUGCGCCGGCGGUAAAAAGAACAAGGAUUCCUGUAGGGGAGACAGCGGAGGUCCUUUGAUGAUCCAGAAUGUCGCUCCGGAUCCGUCUGGUGACGGGAUACCGUCCUUGAAUUGGUAUUCGGUCGGGGUGGUGUCCUUCGGCCCGUCCCCUUGCGGUAUGCAAAACUGGCCGGGGAUUUACACUAAGGUUUCGAAUUACGUGCCCUGGAUCGUUGAUAAACUUAGGGCAUGAGUAGUAAGUUGUUUUUCGAGAGAAAACAGUGAGGUUCCGGAUGUUUAAGUUGUAUGGUGCGCGUGUGAUGAAUAAAAGUCUUAUAGAAAG